CCGGGAGCCCCAGGAGGGGAGGGCGGCCCUGAGGACUCGGAGCGCUCGGGUGGGCGGCGGCCAGGGUCUCCCGGGACGAGUUGGGAAACCCGUCCCUCCUGUCCUCACCCGCUUCCCCAACCCCAACCCCGGGCGCUCUCCCUGCGCCUUCCCGGUGGCGCAAGAAGCCCGCGUGUUUGCGUCUGCGAAGUUCUCCGGAGCGCUGCAUGAGGGGCCGCAGGGGCGACCGCAUGACCAUCAACAUUCAGGAGCACAUGGCCAUCAACGUGUGCCCCGGGCCCAUCCGGCCCAUCCGCCAGAUCUCCGACUAUUUCCCCCGCCUGGGACCGGGACCCGAAGGAGGGGGUGGCGGCGUUGGGAGCUGCGGGGAGGCCUCUGCCCAUCUGGCCCCCCUGGCUCUGGCCCCCCCAGCCGCCCUCCUUGGGGCUAGCACGCCCGAGGAUGGAGCCGAGGUGGACAGUUACGACUCGGACGAUGCCACUUCCCUGGGCACCCUGGAGUUUGACCUUCUGUAUGACCAGGCCUCCUGCACCUUGCACUGUAGCAUCCUCAGGGCCAAGGGCCUUAAGCCCAUGGACUUCAACGGCCUGGCUGACCCCUAUGUUAAGCUGCACCUGUUGCCUGGAGCCUGCAAGGCCAAUAAGCUAAAAACUAAGACUCAGAGGAACACGUUGAAUCCCGUGUGGAACGAGGACCUGACGUACAGCGGGAUCACAGUUGAUGACAUCACUCAUAAGGUGCUCAGGAUCUCCGUCUGCGAUGAAGACAAGCUGAGCCACAAUGAGUUUAUUGGGGAGAUCCGAGUGCCCCUUCGCCGCCUCAAGCCUUCACAAAAGAAGCAUUUUAACAUCUGCCUUGAACGCCAGGUCCCGCUGGCUUCACCUUCUUCCAUGUCGGCAGCAUUGAGGGGCAUUUCCUGCUACCUGAAGGAGCUGGAGCAGGCAGAGCAGGGGCCUGGGCUGCUGGAGGAGCGUGGCCGCAUCCUGCUGAGCCUCAGCUACAGCUCCCGGCGCCGGGGGCUGCUGGUAGGCAUCAUCCGCUGUGCCCACCUGGCUGCCAUGGACGUCAACGGCUACUCAGACCCCUACGUCAAGACGUACCUGAGACCGGAUGUGGAUAAGAAAUCCAAGCACAAGACGUGUGUAAAGAAGAAGACGCUAAAUCCAGAAUUUCAUGAGGAGUUUUUCUAUGAGAUGGAGCUCUCCGCCCUGGCUGCCAAGACCCUGGAGGUUACCGUCUGGGACUAUGACAUCGGCAAAUCUAACGACUUCAUUGGUGAGGGGGGAGCUGUGCUUGUGGGGGGUGCCGAGGGAGGGUGGUGGAAGGUGGUUGGUUGGUUACUGUGCCGUACAUGCCGCCAGGCGGCGUGUCGCUGGGGCCGGGUGCCCGUGGAGAGGCCCGGAAACACUGGUGCGACUGCCUGCAGCAGCUGGACACAGCCCUGGAGCGCUGGCACACCUUGACCAGCGAACUGCCCCCAGCUGCUGGGGCUCUGCCCUCAGCCUGAGCUGCUGCAACUGUCACCAC